AUGGCGGCCCAGUACAUCAUAUCAAAAAGUCUCGACCCUCUUUUCGCCAUAUCCAUCGGUCUCGCCGCUGCCUUCACACGGAUAAAUCGCGAGGAGAAAGAGAAGGGCCGGACCUCACAGGAGAGCAUAGAUGUGCUGAAGAGGAGAUGGAAUUUGGCAUGGCAGGGGAACGAAGCGGAGAAGAAGGCUUGA